AGCUCAGUAACUGUGCCAGAAACGCUGUUGUUUGUUUCAACUCUUGAUGGAAGUUUGCAUGCUGUCAGCAAGAGGACGGGAGCAAUCAAAUGGACUUUAAAAGAAGAUCCUGUACUCCAGGUGCCAAUACAUGUGGAAGAGCCAGCAUUUCUUCCAGACCCAAAUGAUGGCAGUUUAUAUACGCUUGGUGGCAAGAAUAGUGAAGGCUUGACCAAACUUCCAUUUACUAUCCCAGAGCUGGUGCAGGCAUCUCCCUGUCGCAGUUCAGAUGGGAUCCUGUACAUGGGUAAAAAGCAGGAUAUUUGGUACGUGAUUGACCUUAUGACUGGGGAGAAACAGCAAACCUUGACUUCCUCUUUUGCGGAAAGUCUUUGCCCAUCCACAUCCCUCCUGUAUCUUGGGAGAACAGAGUACACGAUCACAAUGUAUGACACGAAGAAGAAGGAGCUGCGAUGGAAUGCCACCUAUUUUGAUUAUGCAGCUACACUGCCUGAUGAAGAUCUAAAAUACAAAAUGUCCCACUUCGUGUCUAAUGGAGACGGACUGGUGGUGACCGUAGACAGUGAGUCUGGGGACGUACUGUGGAUUCAGAAUUACGCUUCUCCUGUGGUAGCGUUUUACAUCUGGCAACGUGAAGGAUUACGGAAGGUUAUGCACACUAACGUGGGGAUAGAAACUCUGCGGUACUUGACAUUCAUGUCUGGGGAGGUUGGACACAUUACCAAGUGGAAAUACCCUUUCCCAAAGGAAACGGAGACCAAGAGCAAACUGACAGGGACACAUUGCAUCCUUAAUUGUAACAAUAAUCUCUCUCUCUAGCCCCGUGGCAGUGCCAUACCCUUACUAGAGGGUCCAAAAACAGAAGGAGUCACAAUUGAAGACAAUGGCGAGUGUGUUAUCACCCCCAGUACUGACGUAAAGUUUUCAGGCAGACUGAAAGAAAAGAACAAACUCCACUACUGGAACGACUGGCUGCUGAUAGGGCACCACGAAACGCCAUUAUCUGCCCCUACAAAGAUCCUGGAGAAAUUCCCAAGCAACUUACCUAAGAGGCCUGAAAACGUGAUCUUUCCAGUUUUUGGAGCUUUCUGUGCCUCUUAGGUUAUUGACAUAGUUGAAGGUCCCUCAACAGAAGUGCCUACUGUCAUUCCAAAGGAUAUUGAGGAGAAACCUGCUCGGCCUGUCGCUCGGCCAGAGGCUCCUGUGGACUCCAUGUUGAAAGACAUGGCCACGAUCAUUCUCAGCACUUUCCUGCUUGUGGGCUGGGUGGCUUUUAUCAUCACUUAUCCAAUGAGUGUACAUCAGCAGCAACAGAGGCAGCAUCAGCUGGAAGAGAAGAUCCAGCUCUUGCAGCAGCAGAAGCUGCCCUUUCAUGCUCCCAGUGACCUACCUCCAGAAGCGGAUUUCUUGGACAUCUCAUAUGGACGGGCAGAGAGCUCAGCUACCAGCACACCAAAUGUGUCUCCCAGAGCAUCAAACCAUUCUGCAUAUUCCAGCAUCUCCACAUCUGAUGUUGGGAGCUGCCUCUCCACUGAGCAAGAAGAGGGAGAUGAAGAUGCAAACAGAGUGAUGGUUGGCAAGAUUUCCUUUAAUCCAAAAGAUGUAUUGGGACAUGGAGCUGAAGGGACAAUAGUUUACAGGGGCACAUUUGAUAACCGUGAUGUUGCAGUGAAAAGAAUUCUUCCUGAGUGCUUCAGCUUUGCAGACCGUGAAGUACAGUUGCUGCGAGAGUCAGAUGAGCAUCCUAAUGUGAUCCGCUAUUUCUGCACGGAGAAGGACCGGCAGUUUCAGUACAUAGCCAUUGAGCUGUGCGCUGCCACGUUACAGGAGUAUGUUGAGCAGAAGGCCUUCAGUCACCAUGGCUUACAACCCAUCACUCUCCUGCAACAGACGACAUCUGGUCUUGCUUACCUGCACUCCCUUAGUAUUGUCCACAGGGACCUGAAGCCCCAUAACAUCCUCAUCUCGAUGCCUAACGCCCAUGGGAAGGUGAAAGCUAUGAUUUCAGACUUCGGCCUGUGCAAGAAGCUGGCAGUGGGCAGGCACAGCUUUAGCCGUCGCUCGGGUGUGCCAGGCACCGAAGGGUGGAUUGCCCCAGAGAUGCUGAGUGAAGACUGCAAAGAGAACCCUACAUAUACCGUGGACAUCUUUUCAGCUGGCUGUGUCUUUUAUUACGUGGUAUCUGAAGGCAGCCACCCCUUUGGCAAAUCUCUGCAGCGGCAAGCCAACAUUCUGCUGGGUGCAUACAGCCUGGAGUCUUUAAGUGCAGGGAGGCACGAAGACAUAGUUGCUCAUGAUUUAAUAGAGCAAAUGAUAAACAUGGACCCUCAGAAACGACCGUCUGCCAGCUGUGUGCUGAAACACCCAUUCUUUUGGAGUUUAGAAAAGCAGCUCCAAUUUUUUCAGGAUGUUAGUGACCGGAUAGAGAAAGAAUCUUUAGAUGGUCCAAUAGUCAAGCAAUUGGAAAGAGGCGGAAGAGAAGUGGUGAAAAUGGACUGGAGAGAGCACAUCACGGUUCCUCUUCAGACAGAUCUUCGAAAAUUCAGAUCGUAUAAAGGAGGCUCAGUACGGGAUCUUCUGAGGGCAAUGAGAAAUAAGAAGCACCAUUACAGAGAACUGCCUCCCGACGUGCAGGAGACCCUGGGCUCCAUCCCAGAUGAUUUUGUAUGUUACUUUACAGCUCGUUUCCCUCAGCUGCUCCUACAUACCUACAGCGCUAUGCGUAUCUGCUGCCAAGAAAGACUGUUUCAGCAUUACUAUCAUCAGGACUCUGCUGAGCAGAGCCUUGCAGGAGACGCUGUUUGA